AACACAAUCUCUUCUAGAUCUUUCAACCAUCACCACGUAGAGAACGACUCGAUAUUUGUCGUCGUCGCGACAACGAUACGGAAUAUCCCCAAAAUCCUCAGUAACAAUUGACGCAGAAUAUUGAUUGGAACUGGGGGUAACGCGAAUUCAAUUACGCGGCCUUCGCCUUUCUUUAUCUUCUAACUCCGUCGCUCGUUUUUACAUGUCACGUAUGCCGACAUUCCCGACCGCCAAAACCAUGGCAUCUUCUACUCUUUCGCGCGUCCUUCCAAUGGCGCUCUUGUUGACUGGCGAUAUUGUUUCUGCGCAAACCUACAAAAUAGAUUCAGACAGUGACAUCAAAUCCACUGCGAAAUCCCUCGCGGAAAAUGUCUUAACCUACUACCACGGAAAUGAAUCCGGGCAAACCCCUGGUAUUCUCCCUGGACCUCCUCCUGCGGGCGAUUACUACUGGUGGGAAGGUGGUGCGCUUUGGGGAACAUUAAUCGAUUACUGGCAUUAUACCGGCGAUGAUUCCUAUAACGAUUUGAUUACCCAAGCCAUGCUGUGGCAAGUAGGCCCCAACAAGGACUACAUGCCUCCUAAUGUCACUGCCUCCCUCGGUAACGAUGAUCAAGGAUUUUGGGGCAUGUCUGCCAUGCUGGCUGCCGAGGUGAACUUUCCGGACCCUCCUUCAGACCAACCGCAAUGGUUAUCUCUAGCUCAGGCAGUCUUCAACACACAGGCCGACCCCGGUAGGCAUGAUGAUACUUGUGGUGGCGGUUUGCGCUGGCAGAUUCCUUUCUCCAACAAUGGAUACGACUAUAAGAACAGCAUCGCUAAUGGCUGUUUUUUCAACCUUGGUGCCCGCCUAGCCCGUUAUCUGGACAACCAAACAUAUGCUGACUGGGCUGAAAAAACCUGGGACUGGGUGACGAGCGUUGGACUCAUGGAUAGCGAUUAUAGGAUUUACGAUGGUGCUCACGUUGAGACCAACUGCACUGAUAUCAACAAGGCGCAAUUCUCUUACAACAAUGCUGUCUACCUCUUGGGAGCUGCCCAUAUGUAUAACUACACUAAUGGUGACUCGAAAUGGGAGACGCGACUCAAUGGGCUUGUCGAUGCGACCAUUCGGGAUUUCUUCAAGAACAAUGUCGCCUAUGAAAUUUCAUGCGAAGAGCACAUGACAUGUACAACGGAUAUGUUGAGUUUCAAAGGUUAUCUACACCGCUGGAUGACAACUUUGACUCAGAUCGCCCCGACGACGGCGACUAAGAUAUUGCCUGUUCUACAGAAAUCAGCUCAAGCCGCGGUGAACCAGUGCACGGGGCCCCCCGAUGGAAAGACGUGCGGAUUUGGAUGGUCUAGUGGUACCUUUGAUGACAGUGUUGGUGCUGGACAGACUAUGAACGUCCUGGGUGCAGUAUCGUCUCUAUUAGUUGGCUCGGCCAAGGCCCCUGUGACCAAUUCCUCCGGCGGUACUAGUGCGGGUAAUUUCAAUGCUGGAUCAGGAAGCAACUCGUUCACCAACACGCCAGCUCCCAUAACUACAGGAGAUAAAGCUGGUGCUGGUAUUUUGACAGCGAUCGUCCUGGCCUCCGCCCUUGGCACAUUUGCUUGGAUGAGUCUGGGUGCGUAAACGGUCAAUUGCGUAAUACGACCGAUGCGACACAGA